UUAAAGCAUUUCUGGCAGGCUUUAAAAAAUACAAAUCAUGAUGAAUUGUCAUCACUUUUUAUGGUGUCUGAAGAUGUAAAUUUUUUUGGGAAACCAAGUAUACCUUUAAAGCUAUUUGUUCGCAGAUGUUAUAAUGAUCUGCUUAACAUUGUUGAUAAUGACAAAAUAAGGAAUCUGCGUCUUACUGGUAAUUCUGGCAUUGGAAAAACUUUUUUUGGUUACUAUUUAAUUUAUCAUCUUGUGAAAAAUGGUAAAACAGUUAUAUAUGAUAUCCAUACUAUGAAAACAUUUGUUAUUUUAUUUGGUCAAACAAUAGAAGAAGUUUCUUAUCUUCAUAUAAUAAAGAAUGCUAGAAAAAUUAAAACAAGCCUGUCAAAUCGGGACACCUGGUAUAUUGUAGAUGGAAAAUCGCCAGACGAUUCUGAAGCUAAGACGAUUUUAAUAUGUUCAUCACUUAAAAGUCAUUAUAAAGUUUUUGAUAAUCGUAUACCAGAAAUACGGUAUAUGCCAGUGUGGUCCUGGAAUGAAAUCAAUAAAUGUAGAACUGAUAUUUUUACACAUCUUAAUGAAGAUAAAGUUCGAGAAUUAUAUAUUAAGUGGGGAGGGAUUCCUAGAUAUAUUUUGGAGGGUAUUCAUGCAAAAGGUAUUCAAAAACAGCUUGAUGAAGCAAUAAAUACAUGCAAUGAAAGCAUAUUUAAAUAUAUUGAAGGAGACAUAGCUAAAGAUGAUAUUAGUCACAAACUUAUCCAUAUCUGGACGAAUUUUCCUGAGGGAAAGACAAUUGUAAAAUUUGCAUCAAAUUAUAUAGGUCAACAGGUGAUUCUUAAAUUAAAGAAAAUUGUAAUAGAUAAAUGUCAUAGAGAUGUGAAUGCAGUAAUAAAUGGGAGUAAAAGUAAUCCAGUCACUGAUUGUGUUUUUGAACAGAUUGCUCACAAAAUCUUACAAAAUGGAGGAACUUUCAAACGUCGUUCUUUAGAUACAAAUGAAGAAGAUUCAAUUGUUUUUCUAAAACAUGAUUUAGUUUUAUUAACUCAAAUUGAUGAGAUCCAAAAUGAAGCUUACUCUAUACUGCUUGAUAAAUCUUUUCCAUUAGUAGAUGCGAUUAUUGCUCCUAAUUGUCUUUUACAAAUGACUAUUGCAAAGGAUCAUAAUAUUAAAAUUAGUGGGUUGAAAAGAGUUCAAAGUAAAUUAGAAACAGAAAGUAAUAUAUAUUUUUAUUUUGUAGUACCAACAAAAUUAUAUAGUAGUUAUAAAAAGCAGAAAUAUUCUACUACUGGUGACAAAAAUGCUCUAAAUAUGGAACCUUGGAUUGGAAAACAUCUUAAGCAAUAUGUUUUGGAAAUUGAUUUGGCCUGCCUUGAAUAUAAAAUGUAA